AUGUCUCUCUCACUCGAGCAUAUUGAUGCUUUUCUCCCGAUAACAGCGUUGAAGACGUUUGUAUUGAACGAUAGGAGAUUCAUCUUUCAAAGUCAAGGCACAUCCUUUCGGGUGGUUGAUGAAACCACCAGUGUUGUUGCUGCUCAAGUCCAGAUAUUCAAAAGAAACAAUAUUCAUGGUUUCAUUACUUUGAAUAACCGACUACAGGACAAUGAUUCGAGCCAUGUCCAAAUAAUCGUCUGGGGUGGUCGCUCGGUGCGAGCGGUCAACCUCUUUCUCGCCUCUGACAACGAAGUCACGUUGUCGGCCUCUAGUGCCGAGUUCACUGCUCCAGAUUGGAUCAUGAGUGGGUGCGCAGCUACUGCAGAUGGCCAUUACGGGGCAUUUUUUAUCACUUCAAACAACGCGCUCCUAAGUCUCAAAGUGCUUGACAGUGGGGUUCCUGGGAGAACUACGACAAUAUCCAUAUAUCAGCUGGCGACGAGUGUAAAGUCUAUCCUUUACUCCGCCGAUGUGAUUGCGCUGUCUUCCUCCCAUGUCCUCAUUGCCGCUGGUACCGUCUUCGGAGAAAUCAUCGUAUGGUCGUGUUUUUUGAAUAAAAAUGGAUCACACAAAGCUAAUGCAAUCGCCUCCAUCCACCAUUUCUUCACGGGGCAUGACGGAUCAAUAUUUGGUGUCCGCAUCUCUCCGCAAAUCCCGUCCUUGAAUGGAGGUCAGUCUGGUAGAAUACUGGCCAGUUGCAGUGACGAUAGAACUGUGAGGAUUUGGGACGUAUCGGAUUGCGAGCACAAAACAGCCCAAGAUCCUUCUGCGUAUUCCACCGACGGGUUUGAUUUGAGAAGCACAGGCUUUGGCCCUGUUGAGGCAGGCGAGGAGAGCGUUGGAUCCGAGUCAUGUGUAGUCCAGGCAUUUGCGCACACGGCUCGCAUUUGGGGUGUCCAUUUCAGGGCCAUCAAAAAUAAUAACCAAACCCACAUGGGGUUGGUUUCUCGUGGAGAGGAUUGCACAUGUGUUUUGUGGGACCUAAGCUGGCAUUCAUCAUCCGCCGGGAAGACUGAUUAUAACCUCACCCAGACUUCAUCAAUAAAAACACAUUUUGGAAAGCACAUUUGGUCUCUGGAUCUUUGCAGAAUUGGCUCUGAGACUGUGGUUUACACCGGAGGUGCCGAUGGUGCGCUGAAAAGUUUCCCCAUCAAAGAAAAUGACGAUGACCAUCUGGGCAGUGGCCCUGUCGCUUCUUUGUCGCAAUCACCUAGCCUCCAAGUAAAGACAAAGGAAAAUUCCACAGCUGAUGGAACGAAAGCCUUUGCAUUUGUCACCCAAGACUACCUUCUUCGCACGUCUACACAAGGUCACAUCCAGCUUGGAUAUCUCAACCAAGCAGAGGAAAUUGCCAUCACUUGGGAGACAAUAUGUGAAACACCUGACCUUUCUUCUUUUGGUGUCAUGACCGCUUUGCCCCAGAUUGGCCUGGCAUUGAUCGGUAAUUGUCGAGGAUUCAUUCGACUCUAUAAUCACGCCUCGAAAUCUGUUAUCAACGUCUGCGACGUUGGCAACAGACCCCUUGGAAUAUUCUUCCUUCAGACCCAUUCUUCCAGGAUGGAUCCCUUGAAUUCUUCUAAAAAAAUCAGCUUUGUCGUCUGUUACCCUACUGGAGAAGAAAUAACACUUGUCAACGUCUCCGACUGGAACAGCGAUCAUCCAAAUGCUGAAACAGUCACCUUUAGCCUACCAUCCUCAUUUGUGGUUUGCAGUGCGUCUUUCAUCUUCGAUGGCCAAUACUUGAUUAUAGGAUCAAAAUUAGGCGCCCUUGCUAUAUAUAACGUCUCUGAGGCUGGGCCUGUAUUGGUCAAUCGCCGUGUUCAUGGCCGAGAAUUUGUCAAUCACAUCAGCGUCGUGACAUCUGCUACUACGAGUGAUAGCACAAAAUCGGACUUUGUAUUGACCUGUGGGCGAGACGGAACUUAUUGUCUCCAUGAAUUGCAGCUUUGUGGGGGCGGAACAGAUGCUGUAUCGAUACAGACGGUGCACCGUACAGCAUCUAUGACUGGUGGGAACAUCGAAGGCGCCUAUUUCGAUAAAGCGACUGGGGAUUUCAUGUUGUACGGAUUCAGAUCACAAGAUUUCGUCCUGCGCAACGAGUCGAAGCUGACGGAUAUCGUAUCCAUUGCUUCAGGCGGCUUUCGCCGAGGCUGGGACUUCAUCCCAGGAGACAAAAAAGACAAUGUUUUGUUCACCUGGAAAGACGGAACUUCUUUAAUGACCACCCGCAUACGAGCUAGUGCCACUACUUUACUUCGAGCUGGAGCUCACGGACGGGAAAUCAAAGCGAUAGGUGUUUUCAACCCUACCGGUGGAGAUCGGCCUCUAUUUGCGACUGGUGCAGAGGACACGACUGUUCGUCUUUUCAUGCCAACUUCGUCGUCGGCUGCUAGUCCGUGGGGUAGCUUUGAGUGUCUGCGCGUCUUGGAUACACACAAGUCUGGGAUCCAGCAGGUGACCUGGUCCAAGGAUGGGAGAUACCUGUUCACGAGUGCUGCAUACGAAGAGUUUUUCGUGUGGAAAGUUCGCACCAUUCCCAUCUUCGGCGUUGCCACGAAAUUGAUGGCUGCCAGUCCAAAGGACGAUGAGAAUUCCGAUCUCCGGAUACCUAGUUUCGAUCUGCUGGAAGUAGAAGAAGUUGACGGGAAGUGGGGUUUCCUCCUGUGCCUUGCUCUUUCCAACUCUGUUUUUAAGAUCUUCCACUUUUCGCCAUCUAAUGGGGGUCAAUUCACUCUCCUAGCUCGUGGAAAAUACAUGACCAAUUGUUUGACCCAAGCACAUUUCUUGGUCACGAGCUCUACCGUGAGUCUUAUUACCGCAGCAACCGAUGGCCACUUUACACUGUGGGAUCUAACAAGCACACUCGAACCAUUUUACACAAUCACACAAUCCUCCUUGAGGGCCAAACAAACUUUCGACGGAUCUUCCAUCUCACCAGAAAGCAUCACAUGCGAAAGUCGAUAUCAGAUUCAUUCCAACAGCAUCAAGGGGAUGGAACUGGUUUCUAUCUCUGACACAGCCACUGUUGUUGUGGCUGGAGGUGAUGAUAACUCUCUCUCCGUGUCUCUUCUACGGACACAUCCAUCCGACACCGGCACGAAUGCACAGGUAGCUACGGUUUCUAUCCCUGAUGCUCACGCUGCGGCAGUCACCACGGUUAAAGUACUCAAACAGCAUAUCUCUCGUGAUGUUCCAUCAAAUACAGAAUCCAUUAAAAUCACUGUGGCAUCCUCUGGGAACGACUACCGAGUCAAAAUCUGGUCAAUCACCGUGGACCCCGCACAGCCUGGCACGCAGGGGAUCAUCGUCAGAUUCUUACGGGAUACAUACAGUUCUGUGGCUGAUAUAGCAGCAUUGGGACUUGUCCAUGGGUCUGGGAAUGCCCUCCCCGCAGAGAACCAAGUACCUGGAUCGGAACUACAACAGUCGCGAUUGGUUGUAUGCGGUGUGGGCAUAGAGAUGUUCGCUGCCGAAUCGGAUCAAGCCUAA